CCGGGGGCGGCGGAGCGAGGGCCCCUGCGGCGGGGGCGCGAGCGCGGGCGGCCGAGCGCCAUGGGCCCCGGGACCCCCGCGCUCUGACCCGGCCGGGGCCGACGAUGCUGACACCGCGGCAGCGCCGAGGACGCGGCGCGGGGCAGCGCUGAAAGUUGGGCAGCCCACGGGGAGCCGCGCGGGACGGCGCGGAGGCUCGGAGGCCCGGAGACCCGACAGACAGACCCGCAGGCGGCCGGGGCGGGGGCGGGGCCGGCCCGCCGAGUUCGCGGGGAGGGGGCGCCCGGACUCCCCUCUCCCCGCCGGGACGCCGCCCGCCCGACCGCGCCGUGGGAUGUAGCGCCCGCUGGCCGCUUCCCGGACGCUCGUCGGACCCUCCGCCCCGCGAUGGCGAGCAGGAGCACCUGGCUGGAAGAGUUAGUGGUGGAACCAGGACCUGAAGCCAGGUUUCCCGACUCCCAGUCCCGUGUUCUUACAGCGCCGUCAUCUUCACCUUCACCUUCAUCUUCAUCGCCACCGCCAUCGUCAUCAUCAGCAUAUUCUGUUCAUUUUACCUGCAAUGCCCCAUUGAACCGUCAGCUGAUGUUUCUAUCAUGUAGUCGUUACCAGUUUGGCCUCAGUGGCUCAGUGAGGCCCUGCAUCUCCCCAGGUGACCACGCCGGCUUCAGGACAUGCACGGGCACAGCCGAAACGGGCAGGCCCACGUGCCCCGGCGGAAACGCCGCAACCGCUUCGUCAAGAAGAACGGCCAGUGCAAUGUCUACUUUGCCAAUCUGAGCAACAAGUCGCAGCGCUACAUGGCGGACAUCUUCACCACCUGCGUGGACACGCGCUGGCGCUACAUGCUCAUGAUCUUUUCUGCAGCCUUUCUCGUCUCCUGGCUCUUUUUUGGUCUCCUGUUCUGGUGUAUCGCCUUCUUCCACGGUGACCUGGAGGUCAGUCCAGCAGUGGCCUCGGCAGGGGCCGCAGUGGGCAGUGGUGGGGCGGCCCCAGCAGCCCCCAAGCCCUGUAUCAUGCACGUGAACGGCUUCCUGGGCGCCUUCCUGUUCUCAGUGGAGACACAGACAACCAUCGGCUACGGGUUCCGGUGCGUGACGGAGGAGUGCCCGCUGGCAGUCAUCGCCGUGGUGGUCCAGUCCAUUGUGGGCUGUGUCAUCGACUCCUUCAUGAUCGGCACCAUUAUGGCCAAGAUGGCCCGGCCCAAGAAGCGGGCGCAGACACUGCUGUUCAGCCACCACGCGGUCAUCUCGGUGCGCGACGGCAAGCUCUGCCUGAUGUGGCGCGUGGGCAAUCUGCGCAAGAGCCACAUCGUGGAGGCCCACGUGCGGGCCCAGCUCAUCAAGCCCUACAUGACCCAGGAGGGCGAGUAUCUGCCGCUGGACCAGCGGGACCUCAAUGUGGGCUACGACAUCGGCCUGGACCGCAUUUUCCUGGUGUCGCCCAUCAUCAUCGUCCACGAGAUCGACGAGGACAGCCCACUCUACGGCAUGGGCAAGGAGGAGCUGGAGUCGGAGGACUUCGAGAUCGUGGUCAUCCUCGAGGGCAUGGUGGAGGCCACCGCCAUGACCACCCAGGCCCGCAGCUCCUACCUGGCCAGCGAGAUCCUGUGGGGCCACCGCUUUGAGCCCGUGGUCUUCGAGGAGAAGAGCCACUACAAGGUGGACUACUCGCGCUUCCACAAGACCUACGAGGUGGCCGGCACGCCCUGCUGCUCUGCCCGCGAGCUGCAGGAGAGCAAGAUCACCGUGCUGCCCGCCCCGCCCCCCCCACCCAGUGCCUUCUGCUACGAGAACGAGCUGGCCCUCAUGAGCCAGGAGGAAGAGGAGAUGGAGGAGGAGGCAGCCGCCGCCGCUGUGGCUGCGGGCCUGGGCCUGGAGGCGGGCUCCAAGGAGGAGGCGGGCAUCAUCCGAAUGCUGGAGUUCGGCAGCCACCUGGAUCUGGAGCGCAUGCAAGCCACCCUCCCGCUGGACAACAUCUCCUACCGCAGGGAGUCUGCCAUCUGACCUCCGGGAGCUGCCCUCCCUGCUUCCCGUAGAGCCUCUUUCGGGGUGGGAGGCCAGGACGCCCCUCUGCACUCAGGACAGGCCUGACUCUGGCUCCGUGGACCUUCUGGAGGGAGUUGGGGGCUUCAAGAACUGGGGCAUCCCUUCCUACUGACUCCAGAGCCCAGGCCUGAGAAGGGCCCAGGAUACCCUCAGUCCUACCAGCCCAGGUUCCCCAGCACCCACCCACCGGCAGCUUGGGAACCCCAGGCCCACCACUCUUUUCCCACCUACCCUUCAAGGACAUGCCCCUUUGCUCUCAGAACCUUGGGGAAGGCGGCUGGACUGCUAGGGGUGGGGGGUGGGCAUCAUGGGGUUCUGGGGUAGGCAGUGGGUUAGUUUGGGGGGAGGACGGGGGGGUGUUUAUUUUGCAUGACUCUGGCCUGUUGCUCAUGAUUUACUUUUGUAAAUAUCUAUAAAUGGAGAGCUGGAGGCACCAAAUCCACCUUCUGCCAUUUGUACCCACAGGACAAGGAGGUAUAGUCCCCCUCUGUGCCCCCCUCCCCAUCCCAGCCCAUCGAGCCUAGCCCCCUCCCCUGCCCAGCUGGCUGGUGAACAAAGCCAGCCAUCUUGGUCCCCAGAUGGUGUCGGGUUUGUGUGCAGUGGUGGGACCCCAGGGGGCAGGGCGAGAACCACCCCCCUUGUGGUCCCUCCAGGCCCCCCGGGCACAGCCCAGAUGGACAAUGGAGUUUGUAACUAUAUAUUUUUAAUAAAGUAUAUGGUCCACUA